CUGCUUACCUGCCUGUUAGAUAGCUGAGCUGGACACAUACACGCAUCGGAUUAGCGCACCGGCCGGAGAGCAGAGCAGAGCCAGAGGGAGACCCACCUCCCACCUCCGUACUCCGUACGAGACGCAUCCAGGAACGGGACGGACGUCGCGAUUGCCGUGCGAGUGCCGUACCGCGGCUUUGGUGCCUGUCGCGACACGGAAAACGAAGAGGUCAUGGCGAUAGCGACGACAGCCUCGUCAUCCGGCAGCGGCAGCCGUCGCAGCAUCACUGCGCAGCACCAGCCAUCGCGGCUCCUCUCCCUCCCCCGCGAACUCCGCGACCACAUCUACGACCUCGUCCUCACGGCCCCAGCGCGCGAGCUGCUCUACCACGCAGCGAGCAACGCGCUUUGCCCUGACUCCAACCUCCACUCAAACCCCGAUUCCAGCGCAAGCGCAAGCGCAAGCGCAAGCUCCAGCCAAAGCUCCGCCUCCGCCAAUUUCUUCGCGCUCCGCCGCACCAGCCGCCAGCUCCGCGCAGAGACACCAACGCAGGCCCUGCGGCAGAACAGUGUCGUGUUCGGCACUUACUUUCCACCCCAAUGUCAACCCCACCAAACCCCCGUUUCAGAGCUAUCCCAUUUCCUAUCCCACUGCACACCCCACCAACGCCUCGCGCUGCGGGGCAUGACGCUGCGGGGCCCGCAGGCGCUGUAUUGGGUACGGGGGGUGUUGGAGGGGAUGGCGACGGCUGGCGUGCCUGGGGGGGUGGGUGUGAGGGUUGACGUCGACGCUGAAGGUGAGGGUGAGGUUACAAAUCUUAUCCGCCUCGCCUCCCGCCUCCUCAUCAAGGCCUGGUUCGUGCGCGCGCGGUACCGGGUCGAGCUUGUGCUGGUGGGUGCGACGCUGGCGCUCGGCAGUGACGACGGAGUCGAAGACGAAGUCGAAGACGAAGACGGAGGCGAAGACAGGGUCGAAGACAAUGACAACGAAGCAGACGAGCAAGAGCAAGAAGAAGAGCUAGAAGAAGAAGAAGAAGGAGAAGAGGGUGAAGGUGAAGGCAGGGCGGAGAUGCUGCUGCGCCGCCGCCGGCAGAGGAGGCGAAGAAGAAGGCUACGCGAGCUAGAGGAUGUGGUGAGCCGGGUGAAUGCUGUGUGGGAUGGGGGAGGAGAGGGGGAUGGGGGGGAGGGAAAGGGGAAGGAGGUGCUGGUGGGGGAGGGGGAAGUGCCUGGGUGGGGGAUUUGUUGGUAAGAAGAAGAAGAGAGACAAAGAGAGGAAGGGGUAGAUGUUUAUGGUGUAUGUUAGUAGGACGCAUAGAGCACUGCGGUGUUAGUUAGCUGGCCAAGCUGCGCUGCAUGUGCCUGUAUCUCCGCCCGGUCUAGUUAUCAGCUACUACAAAUCAAAGCUCAAACGAACUGCCGAAACCUGGGAGUGACUGAAAACACUGAUAUUCUUUGUGCGCCUUUUCCCGUCU